CUCAUUUAAUUUAUAUUAACUCAAAACCAAACAUAAUUAUACUUAAUUAAUAAUAUUGCUUGUAAUCUGUUGCCUUAAUUUUGAGUAGAUAUGGUGUAUGUUUUCUUAGUGUACACUGUAGCCCAUAUCACAGGCAGACAACUUGUGUUGCCUCACACAUUUUCACACAUUUGUCAGUGUUUAUGAGGAAACCUUGUACAUGAAAUAUAGAGAAGGAGGGGCGAGUUAUCUGUACUUUCUCCUGUAUAUGAGUGUGAGGGAGGAGACAGACCAGAUGAGUGGAAUGAGAAAAGGAGGGACAGGGAGAGGGAAAGAGCAAGUGAGGGAGAGGGAACAGCUCUCUGUUUGUGGAGCAGAACAGGACCAUGUUGUCAGGCAGUUGUGUAGUUUGGACUGGAGUACUGCUCCUAGGGCUUUGGGCUCCAAUGACUAGGGCUGUUGAUUUCCAACACCAUGGAUAUGAGGAGAUGGUACGCGCUCUGUUCUCCAUCCAGAGCCAUUGUCCCUACAUCACCCGCAUCUACAGCAUUGGUCGCAGUGUGGAGGGACGCCACCUUUACGUCCUGGAGUUCAGCGAUAAUCCAGGCAUCCAUGAAGCAUUGGAGCCGGAGUUCAAGUAUAUAGGGAAUAUGCAUGGGAAUGAGGUGCUGGGCCGUGAGCUACUCCUCUACCUCUCUCAGUUCUUGUGUGAUGAGUACCAAGUGGGGAACCAACGGAUUACGGAGCUCAUCCACAACACACGCAUUCACAUUCUGCCCUCCAUGAAUCCAGAUGGCUACGAAGUGGCGGCUAGGCAGGGUCCAGAGUUCAAUGGUUACCUGGUGGGGCGUGGGAAUUCCAGAUAUGUGGACCUAAAUCGCAAUUUCCCUGACCUGAAUGCCCUUAUGUAUUACAAUGAGAAGAACAAUGGACAGAAUCACCAUUUGCCUCUUCCAGACAACUGGGAAAACCAAGUUGAACCAGAGACUCUUGCAGUUAUUAGAUGGAUGCAAAGUUAUAACUUUGUUCUAUCAGCAAAUCUGCAUGGAGGAGCAGUGGUGGCAAACUACCCUUUUGACAAAUCCAGAGAAGCCCGUUUCAGAGGUAGAUCUGCAUAUUCUUCCACUCCGGAUGACAAGCUCUUCAAAAACUUGGCAAAGACUUACUCCUAUGCUCACAGCUGGAUGCAUAAAGGCUAUAACUGUGGAGAUUACUUUGAGGAGGGGAUUACCAAUGGAGCCAGUUGGUACACACUAUCCAAGGGUAUGCAGGACUUUAACUACCUGUACACUAACUGCUUUGAGAUCACUCUGGAGUUGAGCUGUAAUAAAUUCCCCCCAGCAAGCACUCUGGCCAGAGAAUGGCUGGCCAACAGGGAGGCUCUGGUGUCCUACCUGGAACAGGUUCACCAUGGCAUUAAAGGAAUGGUCUACGAUGAGAAUAACAACCCCAUCAGCAAUGCAGUGAUCUCAGUGGCAGGCAUAAACCAUGACAUAACCAGUGGUGCAGAUGGAGAUUAUUUCCGUCUGCUUUUGCCAGGAACCUACACUGUGACUGCCUUUGUACCAGGCUACCAGUCUUCCACCAGUACAGUGACAGUCGGACCUGCAGAGGCCAUAAAGUUAUACUUCUAUUUGAAACCAGCACCAAAAGAGACAAACUUGAAUGUGAGGGACCAUCAAGAUAAGAAAAGCUUGUCAGCAGCCCAAGUUCCUCUAGCCAACUUUGGUCCAAGAUAAAAAAAAAAAAAGCGAGAGCGAGAGAGACACCUUCCUUGAAAAUGUUGGCAAAGGAAGUUUAGACUAUCGCUGUUACAAAUCACAUCACUGAAACAUACUUCCUCAGGCCUCAGUUUGUCUUGGAUCCUUAAUAUUAUGUUUUACCAAGGAUGUUCUAUUGAAAUGAAUUCGCAUUCAUGUAAUGCUCAAGAAAUGCAUGUAUUAAAUAACGUCAGAUCCAUAGAAAGGAAUCGGCAUAUAAUUAAAAAAAUAAUUUAGAUAAUAAGGCAAUGUUAUGAUGUGCCACGAGUAUUGUACAUCAGCACUUAGAGUUUAACAGUCUCCUUUGAUCAAGCAACAUUUUAUGCAGACCCUUCAAAAAUGUAAUCAAGCAUAAUUAAAUGUAGCAAAGAAAUGGGUCAUUAGUCAGUAUUGUCUUGAUGAGUUUGUCAUUACAUAUUACGACUUUAACAAAAAAAAAAUAAUCGUAGAUAUUACAGAGACAGUUAGCCUUUUAACAGUUGUAAGACUGUUACAGCAUCAGUUGGAUUGUUGUAAAGUACUGAAUAUUUACAGAAUUGUAAAGACUGUUUUAUAUCCUGUGUAGUUCUGCUUCUGCAUCAUCUGUCUGAUGAUGGGAAAUUAAUACUCUAUAUAUUUUAAAAGAAUUAAUUAGAUUAGAGUAAUUUAUAAUUAGAGUAAGAUGAACAAUCCAUAAUGCUAAAUGGAUUUAAAAUAAAUCCAUUCAUGACAAAAGUAUUAUAUUAAAAAAAGGGUGUUUAUUAUUUGAUACUUGUUGUUGUAUAUUUGUACAAAAGAGGUCACUGUUGUCCACAUGAAAGGCUGUAAGAACUAGAGCAUGCUUCUGGACCCAUUUGUUCUAUAAAAUUAUUCUAUAAAAUUCACUGUACUGUAGAGAAGUUCAAAACCAUAACCCAAGAAAAGCUUAUAAAUCCCUAAACACACAAUGGUCUACUUGUUCACCUAUAUCUUCAUAUUUAGCUGUUCAAAAGCCUGUGGGUUUUCACUAUUUUCCUAUGGAUCACAAACAACCAGGAAAAAAAGUAAUGUUUGACGUACAGGAAAAGGAAAACCUUGCUCCAGGAAUGUCCUGAACCCUGGAUAUGUGCCCUACAACCAGAAGCUGCAGGAACAGGUCAUCAUAUAUUGAUCAUAACACGCACUUCUGUUUUCAGCGCAGCUUAGUACAAAAGCACAUUUUUAAAUAGAUCUCCCAGGACAAAAUACAGGGGGCUGUAAAAGUAGGUAUACAGUAAUGAAAAACAAAACGUUAGUAUUAAAUAAAACCAAGCACCAUUAUUAUAAUAUUGGUAAUACUGGAAUAAUCCUUACUGUAUACCUACUUUUGCAGCCACAUGUACUGUAUGUAUGUAUGUCAUGAAACAUUCUGUGUGAGGUGUAAAGUAAGGAAGUUGUUUUUAAACUCUGACAGAUUACUGUUAAAAUGAGAAAAGGGGAAAAAACAGCAAAGUGCUUAAUAUGAGUGUCUUUAUUUUCAUGUGUUUGCAUUUACAUUUUCGCAUCAAGUGCUUUUUACCUGCAGAUAAUACUUCAAGUAAACAACUGUAAUUAUUUGUAAUCUAUCUAAUGACUACUGUCUAUAUUUGAGGGUUUUUUUUAUUAAUUAAAUUUACUAUUGAAUAUUAAAGCUACUCGAUAUGUCAAUUCCAUGAAUAAAAUGAUCAUAUUUAAAUAUG